CAAAUAAAUCCUGAAAUAUAUCACUCUAACUGUACUUGUACAUUUUACUGUAUGUACACAACAUUUCUGAUGGUAAACUGUACAAUUUUAAAAGGGAAAUAAGGAUGAAAAGUAUAAAGGGACAUAUACUUAGACAUAUUUAGGUGUCCAGUGAUUGGAUAUUUCCUUCACAGAAAACUGAGAGUUAAUGAAUGAACAGCAUCUAUACUAAUGAAGAAAACAGAGAAACAGCAAUAGAUUUCAACUGUAUGUAUAUAAUGGAUUGAAUAUAUGAAAUUUCAAGAGAUUCCAGGGUCUUCUUCACAUUCUAGAGGUAAUAUUCAUAAAAUGGUAAAUUUUUACAUGCAGAUGAUACUUAAGAAUUAUUGAGAUAAGAAGUGGACAACAUGAGAAUGAAAUAUAAGAAAGAGAUAAGUGUUACACUGGCGCUAACAACCCUUAUAGCUAUUCUCACAAUUUACAACUCACAAGACAAAGUUAUUCAGCUUCAACGCAGACAAAAAGAAAAUGUACAAAAGCAUUCUGAAAACACUGAGCGGUUUAUUCAACAUGAACAACAAAAAACAACAAAGAUGAAAUCUCCGUCAGAUAUCUUAGUCAUUUCGGCCGUAACACAAUAUUCGGAUGAAAUGUUAACCUUUGAGACAACAACAAGUUCACAAUUAGAGUUGAAAAAUCUUGAGGAAAUAUCUAAUACGAUUGAUGAAUCUGAGAUCACUGACAAAACCUCCAAAUUAAACACAGUCAUAAAUGAAGUAAAAGAUCCCAAUCCUACAACACCCAAUAUAAGAAGUUCAGAAACAACAAUAAGUCCAGCAACAACAGCGAAGAUACAGCAAAGCACUAGCACAUGGAGAUCAGAUGAGCCAUCCAGAUUGCCCCUCUACAAAUGGUCGGAGAAGGAUAUCACUGAUUGGAUUGAAAGCUUCAACAGAUCAAUGCGUGAAGUAGAUGAGAAGAGACAACAUAUAUACAUCAUCUGUACUAAGGCAUUGAAACCAAAAGAAUGUUUCUUGAGAAAUAAUUUAUUCUGGCCAAAUAGCACAAAUAUUCGAAAAUAUUCUGCCAAUAAAGGUGAACCUGGCAAAGACGCAUCAUGUGCAGACUCUAAGAAACUGGUGAUAUUGCAUUCCUAUGAGAGAACUGGCUCGUGUUAUUUUGGAAGUCUUAUGAAAGACAACCCUGGAGUGUUUUACUUGUUUGAGCCCUACCGUCUUCAGGAGCAGAUCUUUCAUAAAAUGCAAUACCCAAGAUCUACCCACCUUAGUUCAGCCAUCAUACAGGAAGAAGUGAAAACUUUAACUGACUACAGGACCUGCACUCUGAAGGAUAUACUUGCCUUUGCUGACCCAAUACUGAAAGAGGGAAAUGUUAACUUCUAUCUCUCUUAUAAUAUACAUGACUUCCUAGAAUGUAUCAUGCUGUACCAUAGUGGUAGACACCCUGCCAAUGUAACAAGAAGGGAACACUUAGACCAAUGUUAUGAAAUCGCAACUGAAGCCUGCAAGAAUGAAACAAGGACACAGAUAUUGCUGACUAAGACAGUACGGGGCACAAUGGAAGGAAUAGCUGCAUUCUUAGCCAAUCAGGAAUGCACAAAUAAUAUCAAAGUUA